UCCGGUCGCACCGCUUUCAGAGUUAGUUCUAGAGACAAGAGAGGGUGGACUGUACAACCGCUAGCUAGAUAGCUUGAAGAAGCACGAAGUCGCGACAGAUCGAUUUUUAAUCAAUUGUCAUCCUUGCGACUUGGAUAUUGAAGAGUGUUUCUUCGUCUUUGUCGCAGCAGGGUUUGAGCUCAUUCACGUUCUUAUUAGGCAGCUGUCUCGAUUGACAGUGAAGGCUAAAUAUGGCGGAGGAUGGUGCGCGGCACGAAGCUAUGGUGGAAUUCCUGGGGACCUUCACGACUCUUUCCUCGGCGCCUCCCGAAACCCUCACAGAUUUGAGUGACGGUGUGGCUCUCUUUGAAGCCCUUUCGGAAAUUGCUCCCGACUAUUUUGAUCCAACGACGAUUGCUCGGCAGCUCGGUGACAACUGGGCUCUUAAAUCGAGUAACCUCCGCAAAUUCCUGCGCAAUCUGGAACAUUACUAUCACGAAGGUCUCGGCAAAGAUGCCGAUUUCACGCUAGUGAACGUGUCGUCGAUUGCCAAACAGAGUGACGUGAAAUCGAUCGACGUGCUGGUGGAACUCGUCAUGGCGGCGGCCGUUACCUGCGAAGAGAAAGGCACCUACGUGGCGCGGAUGAUGCAAAUGAACGCAAAUCUGGCCAUGAAGGAUAUUCUCGAAACGUCAUUGGCGCGGGUUUCGGACUUUGAUGCGCAAGACUCGGACAUGGACGAGAAUGAACUCGUUUUUGAUGGUCAAGAAGAUGCCGACGGGAUGGACGAGCGCGCGGACGAUACCAACCUGUUCGGAGCGAAUCACUUGCAACAGUCCGAGGCGCUGGACGACGCACGGCGAGAGAUUUCGACACUCAAGUCGCAAGCAGCCAUGAUGGCAGAAGACAAUGAAAAAUCGCAAGGGAAACUACGAGCAUUGGUGGAAGACUUGCAGGAUCGACUCGUUUCACGUCAAGAUCAACUCAUUCAGGUCGAAGAAGAAUUACAAAAGGCAACUUCGGACUUGGAACAAACAAUGUCGGAGCUAGGAGCAAUGGCGAGUGUUAAAACACAACUAGAGGAUGAUUUGGACGUGGCGAAUGCCAAGGCAGCACAGCUGUACAAAGCGGAAGCUACGCUGAUGGCGUAUAAGAAGAAGAUGGAAUCAGUCGGUGCGAUGAAUCAGCAAAUGACAGACUUAGAGGAUCAAGCAGCCAGCUAUUUGCGUCAAAUCGUCGACUUAGAAAACGAAGUUAAAAAGUCGGCAUCGCUGGAAAAAACUGUCACUGACUUGAGAGAGGAGAUUGCGCGCAUGGAGAAGAAGCACACUCAGGUCGAGUCGCGUUCCACCUCGUCGGCGUCCGAAAUUGCUGCCUUGAAAUCGAGAGUAGAAGCAGCAGAAUCCGCGAGGAAAUUGUUCGAAGAAGAAUUGGUCGAUCUGCGGGCGCAGCAAGAGCAUGCACUCAAUUCUUCUGUAGAAGCGAUCAAUCUGAAUGAGUCGAGCGCUCAGGCGCCUAAUAGUUCAUCCGCUGAACACCGGGAGAAGCUCACACGGCUUGAAAUCGAGAACGAAACACUGCAGAGGAAAGUACAGGCCUUGGAGGCGGCAGCAGCAGCGUCUAUCGAGAUUGCGGAAGAAGCGGCCAAGACUUCUCAGCGCGUCUCUGAAGUUCAGAAGACACCAACGACCGAGACUAUGUCAGCAGCGGACAUUGGCAAAAUCAGAGACUUAGAGGAUUCGCUUGCCAAAGCGAUGGCAAAGCUCGAGUUGAAAGAGCAAGAGAACAACAAGAUCAGCAGUGACAAGGACAAACUGGAAGCUUAUACGAAGCGAACCUUGGCAAAAUUCCAGGACAAGUAUCUGGUGGCCCUGCAGGAAUGCAAGACCAAACUCAAAGAAAAGCAAGAUAAGAUUGAGAUUCUUGAACAACGAAGCAAUUCUGAGCGGACUGCCCAGAAGCGGGAAGAGCGACUUCUUUCUUCGACCAUAUUCGAACUAGGUUUGGCCAUUAUGCAAAAUCGCCUGAAGGAAAGGUAGACUCUUAUGAGAUAAUUUGAUUGAACGAGCAACACCUUGAAUAUUU